AUUCCACAUGCCCGAACGGAGUCUAAUUAUACGGGGCAGGACACAAGGCCCCACAGCAAGUGUCCUGAAAGAGUCCCCUCUCAUUCGACCAAACAGGAUUCCUCAGCCUCCCAUCCUCCCCAUUCACAAGACCCCUCCACUGAAGCCCCUGCAGGCCUGGGAGCCUGGGCCCGUUGCCAUGGCAGCCAGCCCCUUUGCCCCCCGACUGCCAGCCUUCCACCACAGCUGCACGGAGCCCACGGCCAGCGUCACCACCCACUGGACGCAGCCCACUGCCAUCCCUCAGUCUUCCUGCCCCUUCCGCCUGGACCCAGCUGUGAAAGGCUCCUCCAGGGCUCCUCCGGCUGGAGCAUGAGCGGCCUCGAAGCGGCCUCCGCAGGCCUGAUGGCCAACUCCUCCCUGGCUGCGGCACACCAGUGUGGCCAGGAAACGUGGCUGGAGAAUGUCCUGUUCGCCUCCUUCUACCUCUUGGAUUUCCUCCUGGCUUUUGUCGGCAAUGCCCUGGCCCUGUGGCUUUUCAUCCGGGACCACAGGUCAGGCACCCCCGCCAAUGUGUUCCUGAUGCACCUGGCUGUGGCGGACCUGUCCUGUGUGCUGGUGCUGCCCACCCGCCUGGUCUACCACUUCUCAGGGAGCCACUGGCCCUUUGGGGAAAUCCCGUGCCGCCUCACCGGCUUCCUGUUUUACCUCAACAUGUAUGCCAGCAUCUACUUCCUCACUUGCAUCAGUGCCGACCGCUUCCUGGCCAUCGUGCACCCCGUCAAGUCCCUCAAGCUGCGCAGGCCCCUCUACGCCCACCUGGCCUGCGCCUUCCUGUGGGCGGUGGUGGCGGUAGCCAUGGCCCCACUGCUGGUGAGCCCGCAGACCGUGCAGACCAACCACACGGUGGUGUGCCUGCAGCUGUACCGGGAGAGGGCCUCCCACCACGCGCUCGUGUCCCUGGCUGUGGCCUUCACCUUCCCUUUUGUCACCACGGUCACCUGCUACCUGCUGAUCAUCCGCAGCCUGCGGCAAGGCCCCCGCGUGGAGAAGCGCCUGCGGAACAAGGCGCUGCGCAUGGUGGCCAUGGUGCUGGCCAUCUUCCUGGUGUGCUUCGUGCCCUACCACGUGCACCGCGCCGUGUACGUGCUGCGCCGCCGCGGCCCCGGCGCCUCGUGCGCCGCCCAGCGCGCCCUGGCCCUGGGCAACCGCAUCACCUCCUGCCUCACCAGCCUCAACGGGGCCCUCGACCCCGUCAUGUACUUCUUUGUGGCCGAGAAGUUCCGCCACACCCUGUGCAACCUGCUCUGUGGCAAAAGGCUCUCGGCCCCGCCCCCCAGCUUGGAGGGGAAAACCAACGAGAGCUCGCUGAGCGCCAGGUCGGAGCUGUGAGUCCCACACGCCGCCCGGGCCUGCCCUGCGGGCGUCUCAGGCUUCUCCCACACCCUCAAAGGAGAAGCCCCCCUUCUCCCAGCUACACCCCGAGAAAAGAAACGGAAAUUACAGCAGGUCAUUGCCAUUCCCUCCAAGGUUGUCUAAUGCACAAAUCCCUGAAAACGGAGAACUGCUGACAGGGACCAGUCAGCUGCCCCCUCUGCAGACUGUGCUGGCCCUGCUCACCUGUGGUAAGGGAGAGGGGCAAGGAGGCCAGAGGAGUCACUCCAGAACAGUGAGCGUCCUUCUUUCCCAAGCACUGCCUGCCCCGUCCCAGCCUCCCUGCCACUACAGAAAUACACAGCCGCAAAGCUCAGCAGAAAGAGCCCAGACGGCAGCUGCAAGUGGCCUGUGACAAGAGGGCACACGGGAAUCCUGUAAGUGGUAGAAGGCUGUCUAAAUAUUUCCUGUGCGGUGUCAGGUGCUUUGAGUUCCCUUUGUGGUACCUUUGCCAGAUGACCCCUGACUUUAGGAGACACAAACUAUAAAUUAUAGCUGAACCCUGUAAGCACAUUUCAGGCUCAUCGCCAGGUGACACCCAACAAACAUGGCCUGUGGGGCACGUCACUUAUUGAUUCUUCCUGCCAUAAACCCACACACAAUGACCCGCACGUGGCCGGACAAUCCCGAGUCCUGCCCGAGCACACAGCAUGGAUGGACAAUGGGCUCUGUCACCACCUGAGGACGUCUUGGGUGGGGACCUGUCUCCCACUGACCCCGACCCUGCAGGGCUGUCCUUAGCCCCUCUCCCUCCCUUACUGGCCAAGCUCUGAGCUGUGUCGCUUCAGAGUGUGGCAUGUAUCACCCUCACAGGUCCUCUUUUGUAUUUGAUUAUACUGGUCAUAAACAUAACUUUUUAAGAUUCUAAAGAUUAUUGUGUUUGGUUAACACAACACCCUUCCCAGAACCUCUCCCUUUGAUACAAGAAUGGCAAAGUGGAGGUGAAGGGAGCAGAGACGGGGCAGUGACUGUGGCUCUGACACCCCACUGUAGGCCCCGCCCCACACACUCCAAGGUUCUGCACCGUGGCCUUCAGAGUCCAGCCUGGGCUGACAGGGGCCGAGUGAGGGCCAUGCCCCCAUCCUUACAGAUGUGUCACAUCUUCCUUUCCUGAGCACUGCCAGCCUCUUCCUCAUGUCCCCAGGAAAGCAGUGGGGCUGGGGGUACAGUGUGAGCUGCCGCUCAGGAGGGGAGCAGGACUCGCUCAGGCGUACACCUGGCCCACCAGCACAGGGCCCGCUGCAACUCACAGCCUCUC